GCAAAAACCGUACGGUUACCACGAGGUGUAGCGUGUGGUUCCAAAAACUGAGAAAGUUACCGUAUGUUAUAACCACACGGUUUUGUAAAACAUGCUACGACCGUUCAAGGUUGCCGACGAGGUACACCAUGCUGGCGGCUCACUGAUGUUCCAGUCCUCCGGCCACGGCAAGCAGAAGCUGGAACUGAGCGGCGACGUGGUGGACGGCCUCGACGAGGCGAUCUGCCCGGUGGCGACGUCGAGCAGAACGGCAGGAUCAUCAACCACGAGAUCAACGAGCUAGAUCACCAUCGUCCUCCCGCUCAGGCUCGGCCCUCGCGUGAGGAAUUUGCAUCGAAAUCAAGUUACAAUGCCUAAUUGUCCACCAUUAAUCUGCGGUUCUCCGAACCCAAAUAAUCAGUGGAUUUUUGGAAUAAAGGAAGGAAAACGUUGCUUCGCCUACAAGCUCAGGGGAUUCGCAAUGUUUUGCUUUUUCUCAUGGCAGAAUGAUGGACAGUGGACAACCCACCUGCUGUAGUACGCAUUUCCAUCUCCUGCACUGCAAGGCGCGACAGCAUCCGCUGCUGCAGCUGCCUAGCUCGUCGCGUCGGCAAUGGGCUGCAACUGCCUCGUCGGCAAGGGCGGCAACACGAGGCCAGCCGCCACGACGAGCGCGCGGCCGUCGUCGUCGCGGUGCGCGCACUGCGGCGCGGGCCUCGCCGUGCCGCGGCCGGGGCCGGGGGGCGCUGCCGCCGUCACCACCGUCCGGUGCGCGCUCUGCCACCGCAUGACGUGCGUCGACCGGCGCGGCGGCCGCGACCUGGGCGGCGGCGGCGGUGGCGGCGCGCUCGAGGCCUCGUCGUCGUCGUGGGCGCCGGCGGAGGCGUCGUUCCUCAGGCGAGACGCGCCGUCCGGCUACCCGUUCGUCCCCGGGAGGAAGCGCGCGCUCCUCGUCGGCGUCAGCUACAAGGGCUCCAGCUACGAGCUCGAGGGGACCGUCAACGACGUCGACUGCAUGAGGCGCCUCCUCGGCGAGAGCUUCGGUUUCCCCGCCGAUUCCAUCCUCGUGCUCACCGAGGAGCUGGGCGAGGGCGACCCGUCGAGGUCGCCGACGAGGGCGAACCUGCUGGCGGCGAUGCGGUGGCUGGUGGAAGGGUGCGACGCCGGCGACUCGCUGGUGUUCCACUUCUCCGGCCACGGCGUGCAGAAGCUGGACGUGAACGGCGACGAGGUGGACGGCUACAACGAGGCGCUCUGCCCCGUGGACUUCGAGCGGAGCGGCAAGAUCCUCGACGACGAGAUCAACGAGACCAUCGUCCGGCCCCUCGUCGCCGGCGCGAAGCUCCACGCCAUCGUGGACACGUGCCACAGCGGCACCAUCCUGGACCUCCCCUUCCUCUGCCGCCUCUCCCGGACGGGCUACUGGCAGUGGGAGAACCACUGCCGCCGCCCGGAGCUCGCCAAGGGCACCAGCGGCGGCCUCGCCAUCUCCAUCAGCGGCUGCAGCGACGAUCAGAAAUCCGCAGACAGCAGCGGAUUCUCGUCGGAGCAGGCGGCGGCGGCGGCGGCGAUCGGGGCGAUGACGUACAGCUUCAUCAGGGCGGUGGAGUCGGAGCCCGGGACGACGUACGGGCGGCUGCUGGCGGCGAUGCGGGCGACGAUCCGGGAGGGGCAGCAGGGGAGCAGCGUCCGGCGGCUCCUCCCCGGCCGCCUCGGCUCCUUCGUCCGCAAGAUGAUCCCGUCCGGCGGCGUGCAGGAGCCGCAGCUUUGCGCGUCGGAGGUGUUCGACAUCUACAGGAAACCGUUUCUCCUGUGACAAAGCGGUUUUCUCUUUUCCCGCCACGGAUUCGGUUUUACCGCGCGCUGAACCUCUCUGCUUUCAUUCAUCUGCCUGCCUCUGAAAUUCUCUGAACAUUUCGACAAUGUCAUUAUCUUACGAAUAUGCAUUGCGUGUGAAUAUAAUGUGGCGCGGCGCCGGGUUGGAUUGGAUUAUUGGGUGUCCUGUUUGUAAUCCAAACUCUCUUUUUUUUU